UUAACCACGCUUUAACCAGUCGCGUCGUUCCAUGGCUUGGUUUAUGUCCUCGCGUCACGCACGACAGUGUGUUGCUGCACAACACACACAAACACGCGGUAAGACAUUUACACGACAUUUACAAGCGCGUUGUCGCGAGGGUUCGGUGUCGCCCGAUGCUGAUGCUGCAGGAGUGAAGGUAGGGAUGCUGCGGCUCGCGUGGCCUCCGGAGUGCGUCGGCGCCACCAUGGGCUGCGCCCUCCAGACACGCUGAUAAGGCGGACCAGGGUUUGUGGUCACCUGUCGGGCCUUUAAGCAUCCACCCCUACUCGUGCAUGCAGUACUUCCAGGAUGGGGACUAGUUUCUCCAAUCUGGCAGCCUUCCAGUCCCUGCACAUUGUCAUGCUCGGCUUGGACUCUGCGGGCAAAACCACGGUGCUCUACCGGCUCAGAUUCAACGAGUUCGUCAACACCGUGCCCACCAUCGGCUUCAACACGGAGAGGAUCCGGCUGGGCGGUGCGGGGACCUCCAGGGGCAUCAGCUGCCACUUCUGGGACGUCGGAGGUCAGGAGAAGCUGCGUCCCCUGUGGAAACCCUACAGCCGCUGCACAGACGGCAUCGUUUACGUGGUGGACUCGGUGGACGCCGAGAGGCUGGAGGAGGCCCGUACCGAGCUGCACAAGAUCACCCGCUUCUCCGAGAACCAGGGCACCCCGCUGCUGGUCAUCGCCAACAAGCAGGACCUGCCGCGGGCCCUGAACGUCGCGGAGAUCGAGCGGCAGCUGGCCCUGGCCGAGCUGAGUCCGUCCACGCCGUACCACGUCCAGCCCGCCUGCGCCAUCAUCGGGGAAGGUCUGCACGAAGGCAUGGACAAGCUUCACGAGAUGAUUGUGAAGAGGAGGAAGUCACUCAAGCAGAAGAAAAAGAGGCAAUGAUGGAUGCUGUAUGACAUAGCAGCACGUGACUCAAGAAGGCUCCGUUUAUUGCUGAUGCUGCAGAAACUCCCCUUUUAGGUGAAAUAUAGGCUAAGCAGUGUAGGGGAAUAUAAACCACUUCUUCAAGGGGGAACUGCCAUAGAUGAACACUGGAUGUUCAUGCAACAUCUCAUCAAGUGCCAUACCUUCAAACAAGGAGCCAUGCACUCCAUCGCAUCAUGUCGGAGGCCACAAUGCAGGCCUGCGUUGGAGAUAUGACUUGUGACGCCCGCGUCUGUUCUUGCAGCAAGCUAUGUGAUGUUAGCCCUGGGGUGCCCAAACUACGACCCGGGGUCCAUUUGUGGCAUGUGGCUGUUUUUGAUUAUUGGCCCACGGCGCUUUCUAAAAAGUUAGUUCAACAAGAAAACUAAAAAGAAAAUCAACAACAGCAAAACUGAAGAAAUCAGCAGCAAUUUUACACAAAUAAAGUCAAAAUGUUAGGAGAAAAAAGUUGUCAUUUUAUGAGAAUAACGUAAUAUUAUGAGGGAAAUAACAUCAUUAUAGUGGCAUAAAAUUGAAAUAUUAAAUAAAAAAGGCAGGAUUUUAAAGUUGCAAUAUUAUGAGAAACAAAACAAUAAAUAAAGUAGAUUUUUUGGGGGGGAAAUUAGGUUGCAAAAAAGUUAUAAUGUUACAAAAAAAUCAAAAUAUUAUGGCAAUAUUAAGAGAAGAAAAUUUAUAAGAAAGUUGAAAUAAAAAUUUAAAAAAACAGCAGCGAAACGGAAAAAAACAGCUGUAAUUUUAUGACAAUAGCGUAUUGUAGCGUGAAAAAGUGACAAUUAUACGAGAAUAAACUUGUAAUAUUAUGAGGAAAAAGUUGAAAUAUUAAAAAAAAACAUUUUAAGUCGUAAUAUUAUGAGAAACAAACAAAACUAAAUAAAGCUGUCAUUUUUGAAAAAUUAGCUUGGGGAAAAUGUUAUAAUAUUAUGCGUCUGUGUAGGCUCUCAGUCGUACAGGAGUUGUCCAUCGAGGAAAAGGCUUCUUGAGACGUCAUCUGUACUUCUGUGUGUUCUACACAGAAGUACAGAUGACGUCUCAAGAAGCCUUUUCCUCGUUAUAAUAUUAUGGGAAUAAAGUUGUAAUAUCACACAAACCAAAUUUACGAAUACUAUUUGUGAAAAAAGUUGAAAUAUUUGGAACGUUUAAAAAAAAAACAGCAAAAAUGGGGGGGGGGGGGGAUUCAAAGAGUGAAGUUGAUACUAACAAUACGCUUUUUUUGCAGCAGACCUCAGAUGCAGUUUUGUCUUGAAAUAUAUUUAACUUCUUAGCACAUCUACAUGUGUGUUGCUUUACAAAAUAUCAAAGUGGCAAAGUUGCAUCAUUUUUUCAAUAUGUGGCCCUCGCUGGAAAAAGUUUGGACACCCCUGUGUUGUCUUUCUUCCAAAUAUAACCAACAAGUAGCAGAAGAUGCCGCAUGCAAGCUUAAAGACGCACGUACGGAUGAUCAUGUGCCAAAUAACUGUCAACACACUGUUUCUGUUAGAAAUGUUGCCCAAUAUAUUCCUUAAAAUGAGGAGUAUUCCGCCAUUCAUGUUGACCUCCUUCAUUUCAUAUGUUUGAACUUCAUAUUCUGCCUACUAUUCGGGCUCGACGAGCAGUUAUUGUGCUUAGAAACAAAGCGACUUUAGUCUGUGCUUGGAGCUGAAUGCCUCCUGCCCAUGCAGCAAAGCAACUAUAGCAUCUGCACUCGUCUUUCCUACACAUUUGAAUCAGGGGGAAUUGCAGCAUGUCGUACUUUGAACCACCACCAGAGGGCGUACGGAAAGGUGGAUGUGUCCUCACUGGACGUCACACCGCAGCAACGCCUGGAGACAGCAAAACAAAAUGUUUAGGCGUGAGAUGGAAAAGAAAAAGAUGCAUUAAAGUUGUAUUUUGGGGAUUAAAUGCUUUGUGUGUCGUUUGUUGUGGACAGAAAGGCGUGUGUUACAGCAUAUUUUGUGGGGAAAUGUGUAAAUUCCCCUAAAAAUUACACUCAAGGAUCUCCCAAACUUACAAUUUAUUCUUGCAGGAAGGAGCACUCGUGUACAGAUUACAAGAGUCCCACCGUGUGACGUCUCGACGCGUGGUUAAACAUUUGCAAACUCGCAGACUUCCUGUCCCUUCAAGCUCAGGGCAACAGCAAUGGUGUCCAAAGUGUUGUACAGCCGCAGCUCAUUCGUUGUAUGUAUUUUUUUAUCAAGUACAGUAUAACAUUAAAAAGACCCUGCAUCACAACAUUACCAACAAUUAUUAUUAUUAAUAAUAAUAAUAAUAAUAAUAAAACGUUCAAAUGUUCACAAAAUCACAUUUAGCCUACCAGGAAUUAUUUGAAAUACAAUCGUGUGUUACUUUAAAAAAGCAAUCUAUCAUCUAC